CCUCCUACAUGUUUUUCCAGUGUUAGCUGAAGCAUUCCCGUUUUGUACAGUAGGGUUAGACAUGCUGCAACAUUGUUGCCGCCAAACGUGAAACUGUUCACAGCAUCUUUUCAGUGGAUACUUUUUUUUCCCAAAAGCGCAACAGCGGCUACAACGUUGGAGGACCGUUUUCUCGUGCGUGCUGUGGUACUAUGUGUCAUUGAGAAGAAAUAAGGGAAUGAUGGCAUCUCCUUACACAAGUGGCCCAUCUACUCAAGUUUCCUUCGUGAUGGAGUCAGCUCGCCUGAGUUGUGGGACUCCGACCACGAAAUUAUCGUAUUCUGUCUGGAUUUAGUGUAUGAUUGGAGACUUGGAAACUUUUGUGUUUGUAUGAAAGCGUUGGAGGACGUGUCGCCUUUGCCCAGUCGACAGCAUGUCCGAUCGAAAUUAUUGGACAGUGUGUUCCAGUAAUAAAAGUCAGCUUGUGACGGGAGCAUUGCUAAAACGGAACAAGGGUAAAAACAAGAGGAAGAGCCUGGCAGUUGGGACCCCAUCACCAACACUAUCUCGACCCCUUUCUCCUUUACCUUUCCAAACAGCCGGUGGGAGUCCAUCAGACAGUCCCCGAAAUGUCUCCAGCAGCGCAUCGGUCAACUUCCCUUUCAUACGCAAAGUGGACGCGAGGCGGUGGUCAGUGGCCACCGUGUCCUCUGGCUAUGGAACCAACCCGACCAGCUCCUCCGUAUCUUCCCUCUCCUCCUCACAGGAGCUGCUGCAUCAGUUCCCCUCCCAGCCCACCCUGGACGAGCUGCGCUUCCUCUCCAAGCACUUCAGCAAUGAGAGUGUGGCUGACGAGGAGCCCCAGCACCCCCAGCCCCUGCGCCGCUCUCGCAGUCUCAGUCCCGGCCGCACAUGUGGGUCAUUCGAUAACGAGAUUGUCAUGAUGAAUCAUGUUUACCAGGAGCGUUUCCCAAAGGCCACGGCUCAGAUGGAGGGGCGUCUGCUGGCUGUCCUGGCCGACUGCAGCCCGGACACGCUGCCCCUGGCGGACGGCGUGCUGGGCUUCAUCCAGCACCAGCUGGUGGAGCUGGUCAGGGACUGCCUGGAGAAGUCGCAGAAGGCCCUCAUCACCUCCAGAUACUUCAUGGAGCUGCAGGAGAAGCUGGAGAGGCUGCUGCACGAGGCAUAUGAGCGGUCUGAGAGCGAAGAGGUGGCCAUCAUCAGUAAACUUGUGAGGAAGAUUCUCAUCAUCAUUUCAAGACCUGCGAGGUUACUGGAAUGUUUGGAAUUUGAUCCAGAGGAGUUCUACCAGCGUCUGGAAGCGGCUGAGGACCACGCCAAAGAGGGGCAGGGAGUGAAGACUGACAUCCCCAAAUACAUCAUCAGCCAGCUCGGCCUGACUAGGGACCCUCUGGAAGAAAUGGUGCAGCUUCAGGAGAGCAGCAGUGGUAGCAACAGUGGGAGCGCUGUGAAGGAGCCCAGUGACCCUCUGGAGAACCGGCCUGGAUGUACCCCACCCAGAAGGAAACCACUGGAGAGGGACUUCGAGACCAUCAAGCUCAUCAGUAACGGGGCGUAUGGUGCUGUGUACUUGGUGCGGCACCGGGAGACUCGGCAGCGGUUCGCCAUGAAGAAAAUCAACCGGCAGAACCUGAUCCUGAGGAACCAGAUCCAGCAGGUGUUUGUGGAGCGGGACAUCCUCACCUUCGCAGAGAACCCCUUUGUGGUCAGCAUGUUCUGCUCCUUUGAGACACGGCGCCAUCUCUGCUUGGUCAUGGAGUAUGUGGAAGGUGGGGACUGUGGAAACCUCCUGAAGAAGAUAGGCCCUCUCCCUGUCGACAUGGCCAAGAUGUACUUCGCAGAGACCGUCCUGGCCCUGGAGUACCUCCACAAUUAUGGAAUAGUGCACCGAGAUCUGAAGCCUGACAACUUGCUGAUCACGUCGAUGGGACACAUCAAGCUCACUGACUUUGGCUUGUCAAAGAUCGGUUUGAUGAACAUGACUACGAAUCUGUAUGAGGGACACAUAGAGAAGGAUACAAGGGAGUUCAUCGACAAGCAGGUUUGUGGUACUCCAGAGUAUAUUGCUCCGGAGGUGAUCUUAAGACAAGGCUACGGCAAGCCGGUGGACUGGUGGUCAAUGGGGAUCAUCCUCUACGAGUUCCUGGUGGGCUGCGUGCCUUUCUUUGGAGACACCCCCGAGGAGCUGUUUGGACAGGUGGUCAGUGAUGAUAUCAUGUGGCCUGACGGAGACGACACGCUGCCUGCCGACGCUCAAGAUCUCAUCACCAAGCUGCUGAAACAGAGUCCACUGGACCGCCUGGGAACCGGCGGAGCAGGCGAGGUGAAACAUCACAUCUUCUUCCGUGGCCUGGACUGGAACGGGCUGCUGCGGCAGAAGGCGGAGUUCGUUCCCCAGCUGGAGACGGAAGACGACACCAGCUACUUUGACACUCGGUCGGACCGCUACCACCACACAGGCACAGAUGACGAUGACGAAACUAACGAUGAUGAAUCAUCUCAGGAGAUCAAGAAGUUCUCGUCGUGCUCCCAUCGCUUCAAGGUGUACAGCAGCUCCGAGUACCUGGCCUCCCCAUCCAACCUGAGCCUGUCGUCGUCUGAGCGAAGCUGCAGCGAGGAGAAGGAGGACAGGUGGGACGGCCACCCCUCCCCCUUCAGAGGAGACGCGUCUCUCCUGGGGCCCUGCGGAGACGCCUACCUGGGACACAAGGGAGGAAGUUCUCGCCCCAGAGCCUCAUCGAGCUCCUCCCCGUCAGACAGGUGUGGCAGCCCACAGGUGAUGAACAGCACCCAGAGCCUGGACCCCAUGCCACGCCUCGCACUCGCAACAGAGGAUGAAGAGGGACUUGUCACCAACCUACGGCGAAUCCGCCUACGCAGCAAUUCAACCGGUACCAGGCCCUCACCCCGCAGAGACAACCGAGGUGGUGGCCCUCGACGGCUGGGACAGCAGCUGGAGACCCCAGAGAAACAGAGGCUUCCUCCCGGAUGCAAAGUUCCCAAGUCUGCCUCGGCAUCGGGCCUCUCUCUCCUCGUCACACCAGACGAGGCAGUAGGAGGCCUGCAGAAGAGCCCCAUGUCGUCGCACUCGCUCUCCUCGAACCCCUCGUCACGGGACUCCUCGCCCAGCCGCGACCUGAGUGCGCUCUGCCUCCGGCCGCCCAUCAUCAUCCACAGCUCCGGCAGAAAGUAUGGCUUCUCGCUGCGGGCCAUCCGGGUCUACAUGGGGGACUCUGACGUGUACACGGUCCACCACAUGGUCUGGAGUGUGGAGGAAGGCAGUCCGGCCCAUGAGGCGGGACUCAAGGCUGGGGACCUCAUCACCCAUGUCAACGGGGAAUGCAUCCAGGGUCUCGUGCACACAGAUGUGGUGGAGCUCUUGCUGAAGAGUGGGAGCAAGGUUACCCUGCAGACAACCGCCUUGGAGAAUACCUCAAUCAAGAUCGGGCCAGCCCGGAAGGCCAGCUAUAAAGGCAAAAUGGCUAGACGGAGCAAGAAGAGCAAAAGAAAGGAAGGUCAAGAAAGCAAGCGACGAAGUCUCCUGAAAAAGCUACCUAAACCCAUCCCCACACUCCAGAACAGCCGCAGCUUCUCCUUUGGCUUCCAGCACUCCGCGUCCCCCAGCGACAGCCUGUCUGACUCCCCCACCCAGAGCCUCUCCCCCGGGCCAACCACCCCCUGCCGGAGCCCAGCACCUGACUACUCAGCUGACUCCAAUUCUCCUCAGAGCUCCUCCCCAGGCUCCAGCUCCCCAAACUCACCCAUACCUCAGAACCGGCCGAGCUCCCUGCACGUGCUCGGCUCCAAGAUCCGCUUCUCCAAGGCCGGCCGCUGCAAGUCCACCAGCAAUAUCCCCCCGUCGCCACUGGCCUGUAACCCGGCCUCCACGCAGCCCCUUUCCCCUCAGUGCUCCCCAUCCUCCUGCCCCAUCGUCCUGCCCAAAAGCCUGCACUCCUACCACGGCAAGACACUGUCUCCACCUACCAUCCCCAGGCAGUCGGUGCGGCCGCGCAGCGCAGAGCCUCCCCGCUCGCCACUGCUUAACCGGGUUCAGUCGGCUGAGAAACUCUCUGGUGCUUACUACGGAGAGAAGAAGGCCUACACCACACGCCGGCACACCAUGGAGGGCCCGCUGGCUGAGUACGAGAGCCUGGGCGACAGCCGGAGCGACGUGGCGUCAGGGUUUGUCUGCGUGGGGGAUCACGCUCGGCAGGGGGGCUUCAUGGGGGCCCAGCGUCUACGCUCCAGCGAUGUGGUGGUCAUGAAAAAACUGAACUUGUCGGACCGCCGGGACUCCUUUAAGAAACAGGAGGCUGUCCGGGAGGUCUGCUUCGACGACCCCAACGAGGAAGAGGAGGAGAUGGUCACUACGCCCUCUGCGGCUGUUCCAAGCGGUCUACCACGGUACGCGGCGGCGUGGAUCGCCCAGGAUCCGCAUGAGGAAGCUGGCAAGGAGAAGAGUUCUGGUACAAAACUCCAAAAGGGUGUAAUGAAGGGACACAGGGAGGAUGGUCGGUAGAGCAUGGAACCUUGGGAUGCCUAAAAAAACAAAACAGAGAAAUUCACACACUCACACUAAAUAAAAGAUUUCCACUUAAUAAGAACUGCCAGUGGAGGGGUAAUUAGGGGAUACAACGGAAAAAAAGGGUCAUUAUGUGUGUCCUUUACAACACUAUGAAGAUGUGCCAAAAUUGUAUUUUCGCGUCUGGAUUAGUAGAAGUGUAGCACAGAUUUUUUUUUUGUAUUUCCCUACUUUUGAAAAAAAAAAACCCCUAAAACCCAGAAAUGUAUUUAUUAAUCUAACAGUUCGAUAGUGGUGUUAUUAAGGGUGAAAAAACAAAAGUGAUGUGGAUCUCUUUUUAAUUUGCACACACGCCCAUGGUCCUGCUGGUAGGUCACUCUGGUCAAGUUGUCAUGAUCACAUUGUGUCAUAGCAUUCAUAUUUUGUCUAACCGAUUAACGAUCAUCAUAAGGACUACAAGAACCAUGAUGGAAAGGUUUUGAAAGUUACUAAUACUAGUUGCUUGGUUUGCAGGUGUCUUCCAUCCAUUUUCCACAUGGCUUUAUGUCUGCUCUCCGUUUAGUUUCUCAUACGUUUGCAAGAUAAAUGCUCCACUCACAGCACAGCAAUGCGCUUAACUUUUUUUUAAAAAAAAAAGCUUUUCUAUAUGUAUCUCAUGUCUAAGUGUUAAAUCCAGUGCCUCUAAAAUGAUGGUGAUGUGAUUAUUGUGAUGUUAGUCCAUACCAAGUGCUCCAAAUGUACAAGAAUGUUGAAGUAAGUGAAUAUGAAGAACAUUGACAUGCCAAAUCUGAGCCACAGCUAUUAUGCCAUCAGCUCACAAACACCCGCCUAUGGUUGGCUCAGUCACUUAUGAUGGCACUAUGGUGGCAUAAAACGGCUGUUUACAAAAACUGCACUUGUUCACUAGUGCACUGUACAGGUCAGGAUGUGAGUUACAUUGUUUGGUUCCCAUUAUAGUGAAUGAUUUCACAUUUUGGAUGCAGCAACAGUUUUGAGAACAUCUUUAGGACUGUCGAAAUGAUGUAUGUGUAUGGUGACAUGGAAGACUCCUUGUUUGCUGUAGUCCUACCUAUCUGUCAUUUAACAAUCUCCUGUGUUUGAGUGCAAAUCCCCUCUGCAUCUAGAACUUUAGAGCAAGACAUGCAUGGCUGUGUCAUUGUAGUUAUUUAACAAUGGUGUCAGUAAAUGUUUACAUUCUAACGUAAGACGUGAUGCUAAUCUCUACCUGACGUAUUUUGGAAAAAAGUUAGCAAGGACUUAACGGUUUGUUAAUCUUUUUUAAAGGAUAUUUUAAGUUUUUGGAGAUUCACUUGGACACAAUAAUAAAAGUGUUAGUCGAUAGGCUAUUACACACA